AUGUCCUUCAAUCCGUCACCAUCCGCACAUAUACAUCUAUCCUUCCCUAUCUGCCUAUGUAUAUCUAUUCGUCUCUAUCUGCCCAUCUACGUCUAUCCUUCCCCAUUUGCCCAUGUCUAUUUAUCCGUCGCCAUCAGCUCAUUUCUAUCGGUCUCAAUCCGUUCAUGUCCUUCAAUCCGUCACAUCCGCUCAUAUACAUCUAUACUUCCCUAUCUGCCUAUGUAUAUCUAUUCGUCUCUAUCUGCCCAUCUACGUCUAUCCUUCCCUAUUUGCCCAUGUCUCUUUAUCCGUCGCCAUCAGCUCAUUUCUGUCGGUCUCAAUCCGUUCAUGUCCUUCAAUCCGUCACCAUCCGCAUAUAUACAUCUAUCCUUCCCUAUCUGCCUAUGUAAAUCUAUUCGUCUCCAUCUGCCCAUCUACGUCUAUCCUUCGCUAUUUGCCCAUGUCUCUUUAUCCGUCGCCAUCAGAUCAAUUCUGUCGGUCUCAAUCCGUCCAUGUCCUUCAAUCCGUCACCAUCCGCUCAUAUACAUCUAUCCUUCCCUAUCUGCCUAUUUACAUCUAUUCGUCUCCAUCUGCCCAUCUACGUCUAUCCUUCCCCAUUUUCCCAUGUCUAUUUAUCCGUCGCCAUCAUCUCAUUUCUAUCGGUCUCAAUCCGUUCAUGUCCUACAAUCCGUCACCAUCCGCUCAUAUACAUCUAUCCUUCCCUAUCUGCCUAUGAAAAUCUAUUCGUCUCUAUCUGCCCAUCUACGUCUAUCCUUCCCCAUUUGCCCAUGUCUUUUAUCCGUCGCCAUCAGCUCAUUUCUAUCGGUCUCAAUCCGUUCAUGUCCUUCAAUCCGUCACCAUCCGCUCAUAUACAUCUAUCCUUCCCUAUCUGCCUAUGUAAAUCUAUUCGUCUCCAUCUGCCCAUCUACGUCUAUCCUUCCCCAUUUGCCCAUGUCUAUUUAUCCGUCGCCAUCAGCUCAUUUCUGUCGGUCUCAAUCGUUCAUGUCCUUCAUGUCCUUCCUCUCAUUAAUCCGUGCCUACCAUCCGCUCUCCAUCUGCCCAUCUAUCUAUCCUUCCCGUCGCCAUCAGCUCAUUUCUAUCAGUCUCAAUCUAUCCGUCACCAUCCUCUCUCAUCAUCUGCCCAUCUACGUCUCCAUCCUCUCCCCUUCCCAUUUGCCCAUGUCUAUUUAUCCGUCGCCAUCAGCUCAUUUCUAUCGGUCUCAAUCCGUUCAUGUCCUUCAAUCCGUCACCAUCCGCUCAUAUACAUCUAUCCUUCCCUAUCUGCCUAUCUCAUUUCUAUCGGUCUCAAUCCGUUCAUGUCCUUCAAUCCGUCACCAUCCGCUCAUAUACAUCUAUCCUUCCCUAUCUGCCUAUCUCAUUUCUAUCUCAAUCGUUCAUCCUUCAAUCCGUUCAUAUGUCCCUUCCCUAUCUGCCUAUGUCCUAUUCGUCUCCAUCCGUCUAUCCUACCCAUGUCUAUUUAUCCUUCCCCAUCUGCUCAUUUCUGUCAGUCUCAAUCCGUUCAUGUCCUUCAUCCGUCAUUCCGUCUCCAUCUGCCCAUCUGCCUACGUAAAUCUAUUCGUCUCUAUCCCCAUUUCUAUCCUUCCCCAUUUACCCAUGUCUAUUUAUCCGUCGCCAUCAGCUCAUUUCUAUCGGUCUCAAUCCGUUCAUGUCCUUCAAUCCGUUACAUCCGCUCAUAUACAUCUAUACUUCCCAAUCUGCCUAUGUAAAUCUAUUCGUCUCUAUCUGCCCAUCUACGUCUAUCCUUCCCCAUUUGCCCAUGUCUAUUUAUCCGUCGCCAUCAGCUCAUUUCUGUCGGUCUCAAUCCGUUCAUGUCCUUCAAUCCGUCACCAUCCGCACAUAUACAUCUAUCCUUCCCUAUCUGCCUAUGUAAAUCUAUUCGUCUCUAUCUGCCCAUCUACGUCUAUCAUUCCCCAUCUGCCCAUGUCUAUUUAUCCGUCGCCAUCAGCUCAUUUCUAUCGGUCUCAAUCCGUUCAUGUCCUUCAAUCCGCCACCAUCCGCUCAUAUACAUCUAUCCUUCCCUAUCUGCCUAUGUAUAUCUAUUCGUCUCCAUCUGCCCAUCUACGUCUAUCCUUCCCCAUUUGCCCAUGUCUAUUUAUCCGUCGCCAUCAGCUCAUUUCUAUCGGUCUCAAUCCGUUCAUGUCCUUCAAUCCGUCACCAUCCGCUCAUAUACAUCUAUCCUUCCCUAUCUGCCUAUGUAAAUCUAUUCGUCUCUAUCUGCCCAUCUACGUCUAUCCUUCCCCAUUUGCCCAUGUCUAUUUAUCCGUCGCCAUCAGCUCAUUUCUAUCGGUCUCAAUCCGUUCAUGUCCUUCAAUCCGUCACCAUCCGCUCAUAUACAUCUAUCCUUCCCUAUCUGCCUAUGUAAAUCUAUUCGUCUCUAUCUGCCCAUCUACGUCUAUCCUUCCCCAUUUGCCCAUGUCUAUUUAUCCGUCGCCAUCAGCUCAUUUCUAUCGGUCUCAAUCCGUUCAUGUCCUUCAAUCCGUCACCAUCCGCUCAUAUACAUCUAUCCUUCCCUAUCUGCCUAUGUAA